UUGGCUGUUGGGAUAAGCGGCCCAACCCAACCAUAUUUACUCGUAUCACUCACAUCAGGCUUCGUCAUUGCCAGCCUAGCCAGCAGCCAUGGCGUGGGAGCUUUCAUCAUGGCUUGUAGUCAUGCGGGCGUUCCAGAUCGCUGCCGCUCUGGUAGGAGCGACCACGAAUGGCUUCGUCACUGCAACCGUCUUCAAGAACGGACAGCUUCAACUGACUAAAAGCAUGCUCAUCCCGGAGUUGUUGAUCUGUAUGACCCUUGUCUAUGCUACACUCGUCGUCUUCAUUCAACAUAGUGGCCAUCGAUCGAGGAAGACGGGUUGGCUUAUCACUUUUGUUAUGGGUGAUAUCAUCUUUUGCGGGCUUGAUCUAGCAGUCAUCACCCUACUUGCUAAUGCUGGACUUCCAUCUCACUGUGGUGGAUUGGCUACCACCAAAGAGGAUGAUCAUCACAAGCUGUACAUACCUCCACCAGGUUUUACUACGCCUGGCUUUGCCUCUGGGUCUGAUGGAGAGAAGGGUCAACUCGACAAAUUUUGCGCUUUCGAACGGUCGUAUUAUGCUAUUGCUCUUGGUCUUGUCUUCACUUACAUCGCCACCAUCAUUCUUACCGUUCUACGAAUUUUCGAGAGAAACUACACCGAAAAUUCCAAGUGCAUUGAAGUUCUUAACUCCCUCGAACGUGCCGAUACCAUGGAAUCGAAACUCAGCGAUGCUUCCUCUCAAAUCAUAGAAGCCCCGAGACCACAUCCCGACCGAUCAGGACCGUCGAGUGAGGGUGUCAUCACCCGCACCGCUUCGAUCCGUAGUAACGUGACAGCAAUGACGUCCUCAACGGCGGCCGGAAAUGGUCCAUACCUGUCCGGCGCAAUCCAGUCCAACGCUAUUCCACCACGAAGACCUGUGAACCAGAACAUGUCAGUACCAGCUCGCCAGCUAUCAGUGAGCACCGUCAGCAGCAACAAUACUUCCCGGCCAGGAGGGGCCACUUCAAACUUUGCCCCAGUAUCUCCUAUAGACGAAGGCGAGAUAGAUAUCGGGGCAGCCCUGAUAGCCGAUGGACCGCAAUACCGUGCUCAUCAGUCACACAACAACAUACCACAUCAACAAUACCAAUCGAACCAGCAAUAUCAACCACAACGCCACCACCAACGAAAUCUAACACAGGGAACGUUACCACCCCUCGCCGAAAACGACAUCCUAAGCCCCGAAGUUGCUUUGUUAACAGAUGGGCCUCAAUAUCGACCGAACCAACAACAGACUCAAUACGGCCAACAGCAGCAACCACAAUACCAGAACCUCUAUGACUUCCCCCGAAAUGUACCUCUAGUACCGCAAGGGGCAAGCCUACCCACACCGGUGAAAGGCGACUAUCUAGCUCUCGCGUCCGAUGGAGCAGCAGAUGGCGUACAGUAUCCUGCAAUCCAACGACCGUUGAAUCAACCGCCGCCUCAACAGCUAUCUUCACAUAUAUCACAACCACAAGGGAUAUCAGCUCCCAUUGGAGGCGGCAGCGCCGGCGAAAAGACCGAUUACUUAUCCCUAGCAGCAGACGGAUCAAACGAUAACUCACGACAAUACCCAUUCAUCCAACGACAACCACUUCACCACCACCAACACAACCCCUCCCUUCAGCAAUCCGCGUUACCACCCUUUCUGGGAUUGGGAGCCGGCGGGCCCGGAACGAAUUUCAUAUACCCCGAUAUCCCCACGAGUCCUCACAGCGGCAGCACAACACCCACACCAUCACACCCCCGAAACAUCAACCCGAACAUCAACCCCAACUACGCCCCCGCCUCAACCGGCGGUCUGAACCUCGAACUCCGCUACGACGGUGGCAGCAGCAGUGCGACCUCAACAACAGCUCACACCCCGCCAUCACCAGAUCGGUACUCCAUUUCCAUGUCGGAUGUUAGUUCCGUGUCGACUGCGUUGCCGCCUUAUCAGCGGUAUGAGACGGGGAUGGAACCACAGCCACCAGCACUAGCGAGGUAUCCAAGUCAGAGUCAGAGGCAGAGUCAGAAUUACGAAGCUAGGAACUCAUCGUCGUCGUCAUGAUGAGGGCAAUCAAUGAAUGGGCUAUCAAGGAGAAACGAGGACGAGGACGGGUAUAAACGAUCGAGAAGCAGCAAUCCUUGAGAUGGGGUACGGACUAUAAGAGACAAAAUGAUCACAG